AUGACGCAUGAGCUUCAUCAAAAUCCACAUGGCGCUGUCUCACAUCCGAUGACAUCUCCACAAAAUGGAUGUUUCAUGAGCCCUUACCCUCCCAGCCAGCCGACACCUGGUAGUCUACCACAGGUUUCUCCUCCCGUAUCGAAUGGUCGCCAUGAUAGUCAGCAAUAUAUUGUCAACAAUGGCUACAGUGCUGGUUUGUUCAAUAUAUUGAACGUUUCAAGCGAAGGAAGCAUCAACAGUCAGCAAAGCGAAGCUCCGAGAAAGCGUCCACGGAACGAAAGCCAGCUGCUUGAUCCCCCAAAAUUCCUGCCAACGUUCCCUGGGGUGGGACAAGCACCCGUAGCAGCCAGUCCCAUUGAUUGUAAUUACCAGGACGAAAAUUUCUCACAACAGGUGAUCAAAUUCUCGACAUUCCAAGAAGACCAGUGGAGCCCUCUGUACGACAUCAACCAUCAGCAACUGACAAAGUUGAAAAUUUGCGUUGUGGCCGAUAAGGGAUUCAACUAUUCGAACUCCGAUGGUUGUUUUGUAAAUCAAAAGAAAAAUCACUUUCAAAUCUCAGUGAACAUCGAAGCAAAUGACGAAAAUCCGCCGAAAUUUGUGAAGGUGGAUGGAGUGAUGCAUCCAAUCAAAGCGAUCAAAUUGGCCUUCUGUGGAGUAAAAGCUGAAAUGCUCACGUCUGAGAUACAAAUCAAACAAUCACAAACUGACCGCAAACCGAUACCGCACGAUCCUGUCAUCCUGAGCAUUCAUGCUCGCGAGAUUACAAAAGUGACGGUGCCCCGGCUCCACUUUUCUGAGACCACCCUCAACAACCAGAGAAAGAACAACCGACCGAACCCUGACCAAAAGUAUUUUCUACUUGUCGUGCGCCUUCUCGCUUGUAUAGAGAAUGGACCACCUGCUCUUAUUCAAGCGCAGCAAUCGGAGAAAGUCAUUGUUCGGGUAAGAACUGUGUUUACAAAACUUACAGAUCAGAAUCUUUAUUGCGCUUGA